GUUAAAGGAAGUAGCCCAGAAAGUUAUGUGGCGUUGUAUUCUGUGAUACCAAGUGAUUGCGGAAUAAAGGGCAAUAGUGAAAGAGAGAUAGGGUGUGUGUUGUUAUAAUAACACGUAAAUUCUUGCCGCGACGCAAAAGAAAGAGGUUAGGGAACGGCAUAUUUUCUUCACUACUCAGAUGCUGUUUUGAGAGUUUAGGCUGACAACAAGCAGUCAUGGCUGAGCAUUUUGACCGAGCUCCGGGGGCAGGGCGAGCCCGUAAUUUUUCAGCAGAACCAGGGUUUUUGGGUAACGCGGAAGAAAGUGACUCCUCAAGCAAAUUUUUCAACCAAAGGGAACCUCUGAGACAGCCGCGAACAUCACAGCCUUUUGCUGAGAGCAACACAGGCACUGUUGUUGGAGGUUGUCAAAACCAAAGUAAACCCCAACAAAGUGUGACUACCAACAGUGCCUGUACCUCCAAAGAGAGUAAUGAUGGGGAUGCUUUGGUCAAGUCAUCAAAACUUUCAGCCAGUGCUCCAGAGUUUGUCCCAUCUGGAUUUAACCCAUAUGAAGACCCCACUUAUUAUGACGACAGUGAAGGCUAUUACAGUGAACCAACAUUGGCUGACAUGGUCACAGACUUCCUCGGUCACCUGAGCUCCUCCCCAGGAUCCUUUGAGUCUGAUGUUGAAUAUAUAGCUGCCAUGCUCAACUCGUGGGUUACCACUGAGGAGUUGUUGCACGAACUGGUGGAACUGAUCUACACAAAGUCUACUGCCAUUCCAAACUUCUCUUACACUGGUGCCAGGCUUUGUAACUAUUUGUCUCAUCAUCUCGCUGUAAGCCCACCAAGUGGCAACUUUCGUCAGCUGCUCUUGCAAAGAUGCCGAAAAGAGUAUGAACAAAGGGAUGUAGCUGUUAAAGGGGACUCAGAGACUCAAAAGAAAUUCCACUCCUUUGUGCUGUUUCUGGGAGAGCUCUACCUGCAUCUGGAGAUAAAGAGUGGGAAAGGUCUUCCAAACAGAGCAGAUAUCCUCCUCACUGGUCUGAAAGACCUAUUAGACAGUCUGCUCUCCAAUCCUGUGGAUGAAAAUCUCAUGUGUGCUGUCAAACUGCUUAAGAUGACAGGAUCUGUCCUGGAUGAUGAAUGGAAAAAGAGUGGAAAACAGCACAUGGAAGGACUGAUUCAAAGAAUAGAAACUGUUCUGUUAGAUGCUACCUGCAGCAGAAAUGUGAAACAGACGCUCCUGAAACUAGUGGAGCUGAGAUCCAGCGACUGGGGCAGAGUCCGUGCUGCUGCUGCAGCCAGUAACGCCACACCAGAAAAUGACCCUAACUAUUUCAUGAAUGAGCCGACAUUCUACACUGAAGAUGGUACACCUUUUACAGCAGCAGACCCAGAAUAUGCUGAAAAAUACCAAGAGCUCCUGGAGAGACAAGACUAUUUCCAUGAUAUUUAUGGAGAAAAUGGAAAUGAAGAGUACGACUUCGAGGAUGAGAUGGAGCCCGAGAUGGAGGAAGCGUUUGAGAAUUUUUGUUUAGAAUCAGAGAGAAAACGACAGCAAUGACAUGAGUGAACAUCUGUGCAACUCAACGGGCAUAUAUUAUAGUUUUCCCACUCAUCUUGCUGGAAUGUUGAAAAGCAAAGGAAACUAGCUUUGGAUAGGCUGAAACUUUCACUGCAAACAAGCCUUCUAACAAAGAACUGUUCAUUGUUGCACUUCUGACACGUUUUUUUUUGUCAGUGUUAAUUAGAAAAUGGGACAAUCAGUUGGAAAACUGUUCAAAAUUUUCAGCUUUUCUUUUUUAAUGUUUUUUUCUGACAGGGAAGCUUUUUGUUUUGGAUUUCUUCCUGAAACUUUUUUUCUUUUAUGCCUAAAAGAAAUGUAAAGAGGGAAAUGGUGUGCUGUGGAUUUUCUAGUUACUUUCUGGAAGACAGGUUUGUUUAAUCAAAUAUGUGCAUAAUUUUUUUAGACAGUAACAAAUACCCCUCACACAAAGAAAUCAAAGUCUUGAAGAAGUGUCAAUGUUAUGUACAGUGCACUGUAGAUAGGUGCGAAGGUUGUAAUACUACAUAAUCUACAUACUCUACAAAUACAGUGUAGCCCUCAUCACUAUUGUGACACUGACUUCAUGCCAUGUUGACCAUAUAAAAGACAAUAACUAAGGCUUUUGCCUGGAUGAAGUUCACUCUGGUGGGUUCAGGAUCUCUGUGAACAGUUGUGCAGUUAAAACAUUUUAUAAUAAAUUUGUACAAAUAAUUUAAUUCAUUCGCAAAAUGAAAAGUGAAUUCAGGCAGAACUUUUUUUGUUUUGCUUUUGUGUGUGCAAUCUGGCCUAUAAAGCUAGAAUUUUAAAUGAUCCAAAAUUCUGACAAUGCAGUUUGUCAAAAUACAAUAAAUUUCAUGAAUAGUUUUUUUUAUUCUUUCUUGUUUUUCCAGAUAUACACUUCCUGUUGGUCAGGGUGACGUAGCUCAGCUGCAAAACAGAUUCAUUGUUUAUCCCAAGAUUGAAAGACAGUUUACCAGCAAUCCACAGAUCUCAUUAAAAGGAAUGUUGUUUUAUAGUUUGUAAAUAUUAUUUAUAGUAUUGUUUGCCUGUAAUAAAUUCUUUAUAAUGUGA